AUGUUGAGUGAGGCGCCCCCUACUUCCUGUAACCAUCGAAACAUUUUCUAACUGUAUUUUGUGAACACUAAAUCAGUCUUGGAGUUCCAUAGAAUAUUUUAGGAAGGAAAAGGAAAGGAUACUACUUUGUCAUCACCAUGUGUUUUCACUAGUGGCGAAACGUUUAUAACACUGCAAUAUCCUUGUGACAGUUUAUCGGUGACUGGUUGAGUGAUUAUUCCAGCCACAAAUGAGGAAUGGGUCAAACAUUGUCAGAACCAGUUACCACAAAGGAGACAUCAAGCUGCCAGAACAGUGCAGUGAAAGUGGGUGUCUCCUGCAUGCAGGGAUGGAGAAUAAAUAUGGAGGAUGCUCACUGUCAGUUGUUGUCACUACCUGGGGACAAAGAUGCCAUGUUCUUUGCUGUGUUUGAUGGACAUGGAGAGGACCAACAGACAAAUCCUAAAGAUGUGAAAAACACACGUGGAGCAAAAGUGGCACAGUAUGCUAGCAGUAAUCUGCACAAGAAAAUUAUUAUGCAACCAGCUUAUGCACAAAACCGUAUAGCAGAAGCCCUGAAGGGCGGAUUCCUCCAGAUAGAUCAUGAUAUGACUCAAGAUGAAACAAUGAAAGAUGAAUUGGCAGGGACUACAGCUAUUUCACUACUCAUCAAAAACAAACGACUUUAUUGUGCAAAUGUAGGAGAUUCUAGAGCUGUAGCUAGUGUACGAGGUAGGGCAGAUGUGUUGUCACAUGACCACAAACCAGGAAAUGAGGGUGAGACUAGAAGAAUCAUUGCAGCAGGUGGCUGGGUGGAAUUCAACAGAGUAAAUGGUAACCUAGCAUUAUCUAGAGCUCUAGGGGAUUUUGUUUUUAAGAAGAAUGACAAAAAGGGACCAGAUGAACAAAUUGUCACAGCUUACCCAGAUGUACAGGAGCGAGCAUUAACAAAUGAUUAUGAAUUUGUUGUUCUUGCAUGUGAUGGUAUUUGGGAUGUUUUAACCAAUCAGGAAGUCAUUGACUUUAUCAGAGCUAGAAUUGCUCAAAGAAUGGAACCAGAAAUUAUUUGUGAAGAACUGAUGACAAGGUGUUUAGCCCCAGACUGCCAGAUGGGUGGCCUGGGUUGUGACAACAUGACUGUCUGUCUUGUAUGUUUUCUACAUGACAGACCGUUUGAGGACUUAAUCCGCCGCUGCUCACAGCCUAGUCUAGGAGGACCUGUACCUCACCUCAGUAACUAUAACAUGGAUCUAAAAUAGUUGACCAGUGAUUAUUAGAAUUCUGUAUUCCUAGCUCCGUGAUACUGUCGGAAGGAUAUUGUUGUUUUUUUUGUAUAUACAGUGUGACCAUGAGUGACAUUGAUAUUUUGGAAUAUUCACACCAAAAAAAGAAGAAAGCAUUGAACUUGGUUUGAAGAUAUUAUUACAGUAUGAUUCAUGGAAUAAUAAAUCCAACAAUAGAAUAUAUGAAAUCCAGAAAGUCAUAAUAGUUUAAAGAGAAUGUUGUUUUUGUGUGUAAGAUUACUAGUACCAUGAUGUUUGCCAAAUGUUUUGGGGAAUGAUAAAAUGUUGUAAACAAAUCAUAUAUUUAGUGUAUAAUGCUCUAUGCAGUUGCAUAAUGGGUAUUUAGUGAAACAGAUAAUACUAGUCUCAAAUUAUUCAUUCACAGAAAAAAAAAAACAAAAAAAAAUUGUUAUAUUAGAUUUUUACUGUAAUUUUUGACUAAUUAGACUUACAAACACUAAAAAACUGUGUGCAAUGGUGUCAGUCUGAAAAUCAUGAAAUAUUUCAAACAUUACUUUAACAUCGAUCUUUUGUUUCUGCAGCAUUGAUGUCUUUGUUAUUAUAAACUUUUUUUAAUCAUAAUAUUAUAAAGUAUGUACUGAUCUAUCUGAAACUGUCAUACACAGUUUAGUAUUUGUUGAUAUUCACUGUAUAAGUAUUUUAAUAUGCGAGUUUUAUUGUUGAUUGUUUUUGUUGUUAAGCCAUGGACAAAGUCUCAAUAAUACAUUGUGACUGUUAAAAUUUCUUGUUAACAUUUUUUGAAUAUGAACAUGAAUAAAAUAUAUGAUAGAUUUUAUAUAGAUGUUACUUUUGUACAUAUACAAUAUGUAUUCUCAGUAUGAACAUAUUGUAUCUAGUUCUUUGUUUGUAAAUAGUUAAUACAAUAAUUUCAUUCUGAGGCAACAAAAUAUGUAAAUAUGAAUGGAUAUCUGUCUCAGUGUAAGAGAGUGAUACAUUUUCAUGGAAUUUUUUGCACUUUAUAGUGAACUGCAAUAUGAUUGAGGUGAAAUGAGGAAUGAAAACAGAAUUUUGAAUACCUGAAAGAGUGUUUUAUAAGUAUGUUUUCUCUUUUAUUUUGAAAUUCAUGGUCUGCAUAAAAGUUGAAGAAUGACUUUAAAUACAUGUAUGUAUACAUUUAAAAAUUCUGAUUGCUUUGAAUUUUUAGAAACCACAAAAGUUUUGUGAAUUUUAUUAUUUUUAUGCCCCCAAUUUGGGAAUCAGGAGGCAUAUAGUGUUCAAACUGUCUGUCUGUCAUUCCAUCUGUCAGUCUUUCCUGUUUACUCGACUUCUACCAUUUCCAUCCAACUAAAGUGAAACUUACUGUAUAUCAACUAAAAUGACAUGUGUAUAUUUUUGGGACUUUCUUGUGAGAUUAUUUUUUCUGACUUAUGCCCCUUCUUUAACUUUACAGUAUUACAGUUUUUGUUUCAUGGGCAUGAAAUUUCAUGGAUUUUGUCAGAAUGGCUGUUUUUGGGAAUGUGUUUUUCGUGAAUUUUAACUUUUCAAGAUAAAAUGAGUGUGAAUUUCACUUUGAGUUGGGAGUUUAAAUUUUGAAUUGACACAGCCUUGAAUCUGUGAAAAAAAGUCCUCCAUAGAUAUUAAUGAUUUCACAGUAUAUUUGUAUCUUGUGUCCUCAACUUCUACUACAGUUUCCUUUGAAUUCAAAUGAAAUUUGGUAUACAUCUUCAACAUCAAACGGACAUAUAUGCAUAUUGCCUGUACUUCAUGUUUUCUUAAAUUAUGCCCCUUAUACCAGGUUUUUCAAAGAGGAAAUCCUGGUCAUUAACUUGGCAGUGUUAUUAGGCGAUUGGAAGAGGCAAACUGCGUUAAUUUUUUUAUUUCUGUUCAAUAGUGAGGGUUGAGAUAUUUAAAUGGAAAUCUGGGUAUAGGUAGCUUAAGGUAAGACCAUCAUUUCGAUUGCAAUUAAGGUCAGUAGGGUCAAGGUCACUGCUACUAAAAUAGAAAAAGUCAGUUUCUUCUCAGUAACUGUUUGGAAUGUUGUAUUGAAAUCUGACUUGGCCUAUUGGUAGCUUACAGGAAAAUCUAAGGUUGGGAUUGCAUGUGGGGGUCAGUGGGGUUAAGUUCGAGGUCGGCAUAAUUUAAUUAAUAUGCAUUCCUCAAAAAUUUCACCAGAGUGCAAUGGUCUUAGACAUUGGUCUAUUGUAUUUACUCUAUCAAGCAUUUACAGGGGGCAUGUUAAGAUCAUUCUUGUUUUGUUUUUAUUUGUGUGUGGUGGGGAGGUAAGGGUAUUGCAGACCUUGUUACUAGCUUUGAAGUUGUGAUAGAAGGACACCAAUCAUUUUGUGUGUUGUAUAACACUAAGUGCAUUGCAUGUUGUGUUUGUAUAGAAACACUCAGUUGUAGCACAUUUCUCACCUUUUGCACAGUACAACAUACUGUAGGUUGGGGAUAUUUCAAGAUUUGAUAGACAACAACCAAAAAAGUGAUGUUAAGUAUUGGGCCUUUGUCACUGGUUAUUCUUUUGAAGAUAGUGUUACCUGACAUUAAGGACUUAAAUUCAUAAUCUGCCACUCUGUUCUUGAAUAUUAACUAAUCUGCAGUAUAUCAUUAUGUUUGAAAAUUCUAUUAAAAAAAUAAUGAUCUCAGAGAUUUUUGUGAGUUGUUGUUUGGUAUGAUAAUUGUGUGUGAAGUGUAUGAAAUCCUCUACAUCAUAUUCCAUUACAUUGUGCACCAGGAAAUCCUUUGUCAUGUAGAAUGUAGUAUCUUAUAAGUGUUGUUGGAAAUCCUCUUAAAUAGUGAUAACUAGAAGUGUUAGAUUUAUUGUUAACAAACUGAAUAUGUUAUGAUGUUAUGUAGAUAUUGUAAACUGUAUAUAGUUGUAUCUAUCCUCUCAUCUAUGGUUGAUUGCUAAUGUUUUUCUUACAAGUGUUUAGUUAAGCAUUUUUUAUGCCCCCGAAGGGAGGCAUAUAGUUUUUGAACCGUCUGUCUGUCGGUCUGUCUGCAAUUUUCGUGUCCGGUCCAUAUCUUUGUCAUCGAUGGAUGGAUUUUCAAAUAACUUGGCAUGAAUGUGUACCACAGUAAGACGACAUGUCGCGCGCAAGACCCAGGUCCGUAGCUCAAAGGUCAAGGUCACACUUAGACGUUAAAGGAUAGUGCAUUGAUGGGCGUGUCCGGCCCAUAUCUUUGUCAUCGAUGGAUGGAUUUAUAAAUAACUUGGCCUGAAUGUGUACCACAGUAAGACGACGUGUCGUGCGCAAGACCCAGGUUCGUAGCUCAAAGGUCAAGGUCACACUUAGACGUUAAAGGAUAGUGCAUUGAUGGGCGUGUCCGGUCCAUAUCUUUGUCAUUGAUGGGUGGAUUUUCAAAUAACUUGGCAUGAAUGUGUACCACAGUAAGACGACGUGUCACAUGCAAGACCCAGGUCCGUAGCUCAAAGAUCAAGGUCACACUUAGACGUUAAAAGUCAUUUUUAGCUCAUCUGAUUUUUUGAAAAAAAAUGAUGAGUUAUUGUCAUCACUUGAGCGGUUGUCGGCGUCGGCGUCGGUGUCGGCGUCGGCGUCUGCGUCGGCGUUGCCUGGUUAAGUUUUAUGUUUAGGUCGGCUUUUCUCCUAAACUAUCAAAGCUAUUGCUUUGAAACUUGGAAUACUUGUUCACCAUCAUAAGCUGACCCUGUAUAGCAAGAAACAUAACUCCAUCUUGCUUUUUGCAAGAUUUAUGGCCCCUUAUGUACUUAGAAAAUAUCAGAUUUCUUGGUUAAGUUUUAUGUUUAGGUCAACUUUUCUCCUAAACUAUCAAAGCUAUUGCUUUGAAACUUGGAAUACUUGUUCACCAUCAUAAGCAGACCCUGUACAUCAAGAAACAUAACUCCAUCUUGCUUUUUGCAAGAUUUAUUGCCCCUUUUGGACUUAGAAAAUCAGUUUUCUUGGUUAAGUUUUAUGUUUAGGUCAGCUUUUAUCCUAAACUAUCAAAGCUAUUGCUUUAAAACUUGCAACACUUGUUCACCAUCAUAAGUUGACCCUGUAUAGCAAGAAACAUAACUCUGUCCUGCUUUUUGCAAGAUUUAUGGCCCCUUUUGGACUUAGAAAAUAUCAGAUUUCUUGGUUAAGUUUUAUGUUUAGGUCAAGUUUUUCUCUUAAACUAUCAAAGCUAUUGCUUUGAAACUUGCAACACUUGUUCACCAUCAUAAGCUGACCCUGUACAGCAAGCAACAUAACUCCAUCCUGCUUUUUGCAAUAAUUAUUGCCCCUUUUGGACUUAGAAAAUCAUUUUCUUGGUUGAGUAUUAUGUUUAAGUCAACUUUUCUCAUAAACUAUCAAAGCUAUUGCUUUAAAACUUGCAACAGUUUUUCACCAUCAUAAGUGGACACUGUACAUCAAGAAACAUAACUCUAUCCUGCUUUUUGCAAGAAUGAUGGCCCUUUUUAGACUGAGAAAAUCAUGGGUAGGACAAUAUUUCUAUUACACAAAAAAAAUCAGAUGAGCGUCAGCACCCGCAAGGCGGUGCUCUUGUUCAUGAUAGUGCAUUGAUGGGCAUGUCCGGUCCAUAUCUUUGUCAUUCAUGCAUGGAUUUUAAAAUAACUAUGCAUGAAUGUUUGACAUAGUAAGACGACGUGUCGCGCGCAAGACCCAGCUCCGUAGGUCAAAGGUCCUAAACUCUAACAUCGGCUAUAACUAUUCAUUCAAAGUGCCAUCGGGGGCAUUAGUCAUCCUAUGGAGACAGCUCUUGUUAUUUAAUCAAAUACUGUUUCAAAGAAUUUUCUUCUGCUUUGUGUCCAAAAAAAAUCAACUUGUGGUGAUUGUAUAAGCCUGUAGAAGGUCAGUGUGAACAAGUCAUUUCUUCAUAUGUGUAGGUUAGCCUCUAAAAUGCUGUUAAACUCCAUUUUAACACAUGGUAGACACACGUUACCAUACUGUAAGCUUGGAAAGUUUUUAUGUCCCCAAGCAUAUAGAGAGUGAACUGUCUGUUUGUCCAUCUGUACGAACUAGAUUGCCUACAACGCACAUUAAUGACCCGAUUUAGUUCAUACUCACAAUCAAUAACCCUUGUGGCAAGACCCUAUAAAUAAACAAAAUCUGUAGUCCUGUUUGGGGCCAUAUAACCUAUACUGUGUUGGUGCGCCGUAAAACCUAAAUAAAUAAAUAAAUAAUUAUAAAUAAAUGUCCUUUACCCUGAUAUGACCUUUAACUUCAAGCUUUAAACCUGGAUAAACAACAUUUUUGGCCUUACAGCCUACAUUAAUGAACUAAUUUAGUUCAUACUCACACUCAACAAACCUUGUGGCAAGACCUACAGACUGACCUAUACAUAAAUGACCUUGACCCUCAUAUGACCUUCACCUUCAAACUUAAAACCUUUAUAAACAACAUUUUUGGUCCUACUGCCCACAUGAAUUACCCAAUUAGUUCAUACUCACAUUCAACAAACUUUUUGGCAAGACCUACAAACUUACCUAUGUAUAGAUGAUCUUGACCUUCAUAUGAUCUUCACCUUUAAACUUAAAACCUAAAAAAAAAAUCACAUCUUUGGUCAUACACCUGGGGCAUGAGGUGUUUUGAAAACACAACUUCUGGUUUUUAUUAUUAAAUAGACUUUAUUUGUUAUUGAGAGAAAAUGUAAAGAUGCUCUGGGGAAUUCAUGUAAAUGUUAUGAAUACAUGUCUCAACAUCACUGUAAAGAACAAUGAUCAUGCUUUUUCUGUGGCACACAGUUUAAGUCAACAUAAUUUUAUGAAAAUAUGUGAUAUAUUUUUGUAUAGAGCCAUUGGGAAUUAGCUGAGCAGUAAGAAAAGUAAUAUUAAUGGAAAGUUGCUUGACUAAACACUCGGUUGAAAAGCACACCUUAUCCACCAACAGCGUAAACUUCUCCAAUUUUAGGGUAAACUCUUGUAUCUAUUGCCCCAGGCUUCAAUUUGUCAGACAUAUAUAUUUGUAUAUAAUCUAUGUAUAUUUUUAAUGAUAAUUUAUAUUGAAAUGUAAUUUUAUUUUUAUUUGAGAAAAUCUAGAAAAAUGCAAUCUAUAUUAAGUUCAGGUAUUUCAAAUGGAAGGUACCUGUGAAGAAACUGUUGACUAAUGCAGGAUAUUUCUUUGUAAUGGAAGUAAAUUAAGCACAGGUUAAUAUAAGUUAGAUAUAAUAACGAUUGAAUUGUGUUCUAGAAGGAGCAUCCUUGUUUUUCAUCUAGUUGUUUUUCCACUCAAGUUAAAAUUUAUAUUUAAGCUAAGCUCAAACACUCACGAAAGAUUAAACCACUGUUUAAGAGCUUUCAUAAAAUUGGGUUUGAAAUAUUUAAAUUAAGACGCUCCAAACAGAUCUUUUUUUUAAAGUUUAUCCUGCAUUUUUGUUGUGUUACCUCAGUGGAAAACAGUUUGAGACUGAAUCUGUUACAAUACCUUGAUUUUCCAAGACUGUUAACUUCUCAUAAAAUACAUUUUUAGCUCGAAUGUUCGAAGAAAGGUAGAACUAUUGGAUUCACCCAUUCGUCCAUGUAAGCAUCCUGAUUUUGUCAAGCUUUUGUUUGUAAACUUUUACCUCAUUAACUAUAUGUGGGAAUGGAUUGAAACUUCACACACUCACUGUGAUGAACUGACUUUUCAUAACUCUAUUUUGCUUUCUUACAAAGUUAUGUCCUUCGACUUAGCAAUUUUGGUUAAUUUUUUUUAAACCUAAGCUGGUAUCUCAGUAUUUGCUUAUUGGAAUGGAUUGUAACUCCACACACAUAUUCACUGUGAUGAUCUGGCUUGCAUUGUAUAGGUUUCAUAACUUUGUUUUGCAUUUAACAAACUUAUGCCCCAUUUUCAGCUUUUAUUAGCCCACCAUCAUCAGAUGGUGGGCUAUUAAAAUCACUCUGCGUCUGUGGUCCGUCCGUCCGUCAUUCCGUCCGUCCGUCCGUUAACAAUUUCUCGUUAUCGCAUCUCCUCAGAAACUACUGGGGGGAUUUUGACCAAACUUUGUCAGAAUGAUGUAUUGGUACCCUAGUUGUGUCCCCCUGAAAAUCAGACUGGUUCAACAAUUAAUGAGUGAGUUAUGGCCCUUUGUUUAUUUCAAUAUUUUACAUAGAUUUAUAUAGGGAAAACCUUCUUAUCCAAAACCACAGAGCCUAGGGCUUUGAUAUUUGGUUUGAAGCAUCAUCUAGUGGUCCUCUACCAAGAUGAUUCAAAUUAUUUCUCUGGGGUCAAAUAUGGCCCCGCCCUGGGGGUCACAUAGUUUAUAAUGACUUAUAUAGGGAAAAACUUUGAAUAACCCCUUGUCCAAAACCACAGGGCCUAGGGCGUUGAUAUUUUGUAUGUGACAUCAUCUAGUGGUCUUCAACUAAGAUUGUUCAUAUUAUACCCCUAGGGUCAAAUAUGGCCCCGCCCUGGGGGUCAUAUGGUUUACAUAGACUUACAUAAGGAAAAACUUUGAAAAUCUUCUUGUCCAAACCACAAAGCCUAAGGCUUUGAUACUUGUAAUGUAGCAUCAUCUAGUAGUUCUCUACCAAGUUUGUUCAAACUAUCGCCCUAGGGUCAAAAAUGGCCCCGCCCCAGGGGUCACAUGGUUCAUAUAGACUUAUAUAGGGAAAAGCUUUUAAAAUGUUCUUGUCAAUAACUACAACAUUCAAAUUUGGACCACAUGUAUAUUUUUGAGUGGCAAGAUGAACCUUGACAUGAGUUGACCUUGAUUUUGACCUUGUGACCUACUUUCACAUUUCUUUAGCUACAGCCUUCAAAUUUGGACCACAUGUAUAUUUUUGAGUGGCAAGAUGAACCUUGACAUGAGUUGACCUUGAUUUUGACCUAGUGACCUACUUUCACAUUUCUGUAGCUACAGCCUUCAAAUUUGGACCACAUGCAUAGUUUUGUGCACUGGAAAAAUCUUUGACCUUGAUUUUGACCUAGUGACCUACUUUCACAUUUUUGAAGGUACAGGCAUCAAAUUUGGACCAUAUGCAUAGUUCCAUGUUUCAAAAUGAAAUUUGACAUUGAUUUUGACCUAGUGACCUACUUUCACAUUUCUCAAGCUACAGCCUUCAAAUUUGGACCACUUGCAUAGUUUUGUGUACCGAAAAAAACUUUGACCUUCACAUUGACCUAGUGACCUACUUUCACAUUCUUAAGGCACAGGCUUCAAAUUUGGACCACAUGCAUAGUUUUGUAUUCCGAAAUAAAAUUUGACCAUGAUUUUGACCUAGUGACCUACUUUUACAUUUCUCAAGCUACAGACUUCAAAUUUGGACCACUUGCAUAGUUUUGUGUACCGAAAUGAACUUUGACCUUCACAUUGACCUAGUGACCUACUUUCACAUUUUUAAGGUACAGGCUUCAAAUUUGGACCACAUGCAUAGUUUUGUAUUCCGAAAUAAAAUUUGACCUUGAUUUUGACCUAGUGACCUGCUUUUACAUUUCUCAAGCUAUAGCCUUCAAAUUUGGACCACAUGCAUAGUUUUGUGUACCGAAAUGAACUUUGACCUAUACAUUGACCUAGUGACCUAUUUUCACAUUUUUGAAGGUACAGGCUUCAAAUUUGGACCACAUGCAUAGUUUUGUAUUCCGAAAUACAAUUUGACCUUGAUUUUGACCUAGUGACCUACUUUUACAUUUCUCAAGCUACAGCCUUCAAAUUUGGACCACUUGCAUAGUUUUGUGUACCGAAAUGAACUUUGACCUUAAGAUUGACCUAGUGACCUACUUUCACAUUUCUGUAGCUACAGGCUUCAAAUUUGGACCAUGUGCAUAGGAUUGUGUACCAAAACAAACUUUGACCUUGACAUUGACCUAGUGACCUACUUUCACAUUUCUCAAGUUCCAGCUUUCGAAUUUCGACCACAUGUACAGUGUUGUGUACGUAAAUGAAAUAGUCAAUAAGUCUUGAAAUUUGGAACACUCAAAAAUGGCACAUUGGUGGGCGCCAAGAUCACUCUGUGAUCUCUUGUAUUCAUUCAUUUACCUUUUUUAGUGACAAGGAUUUUGAAUAGUUGGACAUUGCUGUACUCCAACAGCUAUUGUUUGUGUGUGCCAUCAUACAUCCUCAGCUGCUGUUUCCCCGCAUUGCUCGCUCGUCCCCUUACUGUCUGCACGUGGGCACUUUAACUUCAUUGUAAGUUAAAUGGUACAACACUGUAAAAAAUUUAAACUGAUAAGUGUGUUAUAUUUAUUUGUAGGUUAGGUUUAUUUAUAGAUUUUGGUUGCUCACGUGUCUCCGGUGUGGUGUGUAAUGCACAUUUAUAGAUUCCAUGUUUACAUUUAAUCUUUCCUUGUAUGCUUGAUAUCCCGUCCUUUGUUUACUGGUUCCAAAAAUAUGGAAGAAAAAACGAGUAUUUAAAUAUAAAGCAUUGGAUUUAUACCUUAAUAUCAGUAUUAAGAACAAAUGCAAAAACUGCAGUAGCCAGUUACUCGAUAGGUUAAUAAAAAUUGUAAACUAGGCUUUAUUUAUAUCAGCAUAGACCAAAUAUUUAGGAAUAGAGAUUUAGCCUAUGUCCUGUAUGGUGUUAAAUUAUCUUGUUAGAAAUCAUGUAUUCCUCUAGCUCUGUUUAAAGCUUUGUAUACCUAUCACAUGCUUUAAUUUGAUGUUUAUGAAAUCAAAAUUGCUUAAAUGAUUACUUCUCUCUUUUUUUCUUUUACUCUGAAAAAGCACUGUACAGUAGAGUGUACAAGUUUACAGUCAGUACAUUUCAAAUUAUGCUUGUGCUCCUGAUAAGACCAUAUAACAAUGAAACUUUUGAUAUGAUUUAAUUACACUGUUUUACACGAAACAAUUUGAAGAGGAUAUAAGGAGAUUCCAUAAAUUGGGUUACAUCCAAAUCAUUGAGGAGGAUGUGUUUCUUACAUUGUUUGACCAGUAUUGUACUAACCUUGACUACAGUAUACAUGUAUAAAGCUCUACUGUACAUAGCAGAAGUAUAAAGGACUGGAGGGACUGUAAUGUCAGUAUUAGUGAUAGCAAAAAAAUAGUCAGCAAUAGCACAGUUAAUAUUUUUGUUUUGAAUAUUGUUGUUGAUAUAAUAUUUUGUUGCAUAGCAACACAUUUUGAGUGCUCAUUUUUUGUCUAAUUAAUCCUUUUUACUUUCUUUCGAAAUAAUCAUUUCUUGUAUGUAUAUAUUUAAACCUCAGUUUGGCAGCAAUCAAAUACUUUUCUAGAAUGUUUGUUCCUUUCUCAGAAUUAAGUGGUAUAUCUUAAAGAAUAUAUUUAAAUGUUUUUAUUUUGCUUGACACAUAAGAAUUGUCAAUAUUUGGUUAAAAUUUUAACAUUUUUACACAUAAGUUAUAUUUUGAGUCACAUCUGGAUUUUUUGCAAUUCGAGGUCAUGAAUCAGUAUGGUAGCUUGAAUGCUUGCCUAUAGUUACAAGUGUAUAUGCAGACAAUUCAUUACAGACAAUGUUUUUUAAACUAUCAGAAAAAACUUUACUCAGCUUUGUGAGAUGCAUUUCUUAAGUUUUCACAAAUUUUACUCCAUAUACUACCUUACAGCUGGUGAUGGCCACAUUUUCCCAGCAUUUAUGAACACUGGUUCUAGAAUUAAGCUUGUUUUGAUAUAUUCUACAGAGCUGGUAUUUCUAUACACACUAUGUAUACAGAUCUUACAGCAAAAAAGCUACCUCAGUUAAAAUUUUCUGCAUUGACCCCCUAAGUUUCCACAACCAACUAGAGCAAUUAUAUCCAAAUACAACUUUUUUAAUUAAAGGCGUAUGCAAUAUUUCUUUCAAAUUGCCAAACAAUGCUUUAAAUAUUGUAAUUAUAUUUAUUUUUCAAAGCCAAAAGAAUAUACACAGACCAUGUACCUCGAAUAUCUUCAUGUGCAUAUUUUCUUGUUGAGAUAUAUUCUUCAUAAAACCAUUGUGAUAAAUUUUGAGUUUAUCUUGCCACUGGGAAUUGAGAAAUAAAUGUUUACCAAAUUGUG